AUAGGCAAAAUCUUAUCUAUUCCAGAUUUCUCUCUAACUUUUUACUCUGGAUUCUGCCAUCUUCAUCCUAUCUCAUCACUUUCCCGGUACCGUAUUUGUUUUCUUCCUCUCAUCACUUUUCUGCAGCACAAGUACGGUAUUGCUUUUCUUCCUCUCAUCACUUUUCUUCCUCCCAUCACUUUACAUAUUUCACAUUUUUCACAAUCUAUUCAUCACUUCUCUCCUGUAAAGAACCGGUGAAUGCAUUUGUUCUUCUUCGUCCUUAGUCUUCUACAACUCAUCAAGGUAUGGCACGUAAGACUAGCUUGAUUGCUGAAGUUGAUGAUUCAAAAGAAACAUGGAAAUUGGGAGUAAGAAUAACUAAUCUUUGGGUUGUUGAGAAGUCAUCGAAAGUGAAUGCUAUGGAAAUGAUAUUUAUGGAUCAAAAGGGAGGAAAAAUUACAGCUGUAGUGAAAAAAUUCGAUAUUGACAAGUGGAAGUCAAUGCUUAAGGAGGACAACACUUAUAUUGUUCAAAACUUUGAGGUUAACCACAAUGAUGGUCAAUUUAGGACUUCAAAUCAUCCUUACAAAUUAGUUUUCAUGAAAGGGACAAUAGUGCAAGCGCGUCAAAUUCCUGAAAUACCUCAUAAUAUUUAUCACUUCACUCCCUUUGAUGACAUCUUAGCGGGAGGUGCAUCUACUGAAGUGUUAGUAGAUGUGAUCGGUGAAUUGUCAGAUGUCGUACAAAUUCAAAAAGAGAGUGUGCCAAAAAGGGUGGUAUUGGUCUUAAAGGAUGAAAGGAACAAUACUCUUCAUUGUACUUUGUGGGAGAACUUUGCAGCUAGGAUGAUAAGUUUUCUGGAAACACAUGUAGAAGGUCAUGUUGUCAUAUUGCUUUCUCUUGCAAAGAUAAAAGAGACAAAUGGGAAAUAUCCAACAACCAUCCAAAACUCAAUGUAUUGUUCGAAAUUGUUCAUUGAUGAACCUCUUGCGGAGAUUCAGGAGUAUAAAAAUAGGUUGGGCUCAAUAUGUGUCAAUGAAUCUUACAGUCAAAAAAUGUCUCAAUUCUCUUCAUGCUCUCAAUUUACAAGUGAAGAGAAAUUUGUGCAAAAUGAUAUUGUUAAAAGUUUGUCUCAGCUUAAUGAGGUUCAGAAGGAAUGCUAUGUAGUAACUGUUGCCAAAAUAGAUAAAGUGUGUGUUGGAAAUGGUUGGAGCUAUGAAGCAUGCUUUAAGUGCAAUAGGAAGUCAGAUUGUUCAAGUCUACCAUUCACUUGUCCAAAAUGUGGGAAAAAAAAACACUGAAACAGUUCCAAGAUUUAGGGUUGAAGUUAUGGUAUCCUAUAACAAUAAUAGUUCAAAAUUUGUGCUGUGGGAUCGAGAGUGUAUCCAAUUAGUGAAGCAAACUGCUAUUGAUCUUAAGAAGCAACUUCUUGAUG